AUGGAGGAGAUGAUAUCGGAGACUCCUAAUCAAGAGCGCGACACUUGGGGCAAUGGUCUGGAAUUCCUGAUGUCGUGUAUCGCAAUGUCUGUGGGACUUGGAAAUAUCUGGAGGUUUCCAUUUACUGCCUUAGAAAACGGUGGAGGCGCCUUCCUGAUACCCUACUUGAUAGUCCUGCUCAUUGUCGGUAAACCGAUAUACUACAUGGAAAUGUUAAUAGGGCAGUUUUCGAGUCGAGGCAGUGUUAAAGUUUAUGAUUUUGCACCGAUAAUGAGAGGCACCGGUUACGGGCAAAUGCUGUGCACAGCUGUUGUGAGUACGUACUAUGUGUCGCUAAUGGCCUUAACCGCUCACUACAUGUAUUCAUCCCUGAGUGCGGAGCUGCCUUGGGCCCGUUGUAGGCCCGAAUGGGGCCCUAACUGUUUUAAUUCCGUAUUGGAAGAAACGUCUGUAAACGACACUGCCCUCAUGCCAUCGGCAGAACUCUAUUUCAUACAUGAGGUUCUUCACGAGAAUCCUGAUUUGACCGAUGGUGUCGGCAUGCCCGAUUGGAAAUUGACAAUAUGCCUAUUCAUAUCAUGGGCAUCCAUUGUUUUGAUGUUACUAAAAGGAGUGAAAACUUCAGGAAAAGCAGCAUAUUUUCUAGCAAUUUUUCCAUAUGUGGUCAUGCUGGUUUUAUUAAUACGAGCCGUCACUUUACCUGGCGCCGCAAAUGGUAUAUUAUUCUUUGUUAAGCCGAAUUGGGGAGAGUUGUUGAAUCCAAAAGUGUGGUACGCGGCUGUGACGCAGGUGUUCUUCUCGUUAUCCGUCUGCUUUGGCAACAUCAUAAUGUACUCCUCGUAUAAUAGCUUCCGACACAACGUGCACAGGGACGCUUUAAUUGUUACAUCUCUGGACACAGUGACAUCGAUGUUGGCCGGUUGUACUAUAUUCGGGAUACUUGGCCAUUUAGCCCACCAGACCGGGACGGACGAUGUGGCUUCGGUCGUGCGCGGGGGAACUGGCUUGGCGUUCGUCUCUUAUCCGGACGCUAUUGCUAAAUUCACCUAUCUACCACAGGUGUUCUCCGUGCUGUUCUUUCUAAUGCUGUUCGUGCUGGGAAUAGGAAGCAACGUCGCCAUGGCCUCGUGCAUGAUGACGGUUAUAAGAGAUCGUUUUCCUCAGGUAAAACAUUGGCAAGCUGCAGUGGGAAUCGCUUGUGUAGGUUUUUGCGUGGGAACAGUUUAUGUUACUCCGGGAGGCCAAGCCGUUUUAAACCUUGUGGAUCAUUUUGGAGCUUCAUUCAUCGUUUUCUUUUUGGCGAUAGCACAAAUGUUGGCAAUCAGUUGGAUAUAUGGUUUGGACAAUUUCUGUCGGGACGUCCGCUUCAUGCUGGGCGAGAAGGUGGGCCACGUAACCCGUUACUGGCGUAUCUGUUGGGGCGUCGUGACUCCCAUUCUGAUGGUCGUCAUCCUGAUAUACACGUUAGUGACUCUGACCCCUCUCAAGUACGCCGGUCAAGAUUAUCCGGAUUAUGUGUACGCUGUUGGCUGGUGCUUGGCGGCCGCUGGCUUGGCUCAAUUACCAUGUUGGGCAAUUUGGGCUUUAUACCAACAAAAAGGACAAAACUUCUUACAAAGGCUUUGGGGUGCUUUAUCCCCUCAAUCGAAUUGGGGACCCCUGGACGACCAAACUCGCAGCGAGUGGAGAGCUUUCAAACAACUCGAAGACGAAAAGGAACUCGCCCGAGGCUCACCAAGAAACUUUUGGGAAAGGCUGAAAGACGCGUUACUUGGACAAUAA